UAGAGGGAGCCGAAACAAGAAGCGAACUCUAUCAGGCCGACUACUCCGGCUCGCAGGAUGCGCAGAAAAUGAGACCACCGAGCACCUUCUCAAUGCAUAUCUAUUUUCUGGCCCCUGCCUGCAUUCGCUUCUAUGAUUAGUGUCAGCACUACUUUUUGAUCGCCAAUCAAGACUUUUCGGCAAAAUGCAAAGCAUGUCUUACUGUAUUUCAAGACCCAGGUCUUGCCUCAGCGCCGACGUUGGUGCCACUCCUCGCAUUUUCCUUUUCUUUUUCAUUCGCGGCCAACCUUAAUGCCGGCCCCUUGCAUGUUUUGCUCGUCUAAUCAAAGCAUUGGGGUUUUCUCAUCGGCCGCAGGAUUGCUUUCAACCUGCCUAGGUUCCCUUCACUCUCAUUACCGUCAGCCUGGAUCAUGAUUAGCAAGUCUUUGGGAGGCAUCACCCGUAUGGGUCGCACUCAGUUCAUACCUAUGAUAGCGAUUGGCCUGCUACUCGCAGUAUGGACUAUUCGCCUUCAGAUGCCUGCUAUGUCGGUCGACUAUUCGUGGUUCCGCAUUGGGGACGACGGCACGGUCGGCAGUGUCAACACCAGCCCAGCAGUGAAGGGCUUGGGCAAGCCAGACGUCAGCGACAUCGACUUCUCCGACCCCGACGCACCAUUCGUAGGGUGGCCUUUGGAACGUGCCUGCAACGAGGUCACGGAAUGGGUGGAAGGCGUCGUGUGGUUGUGCGAUAAUAAUUGGGGCGGCGUUGGCAACGUUCGGAAUUUUAUCCUCACAUGCAUGCGAUAUGCGAUCGAAGCAGGCGUGUCAGGCAUCGUCAUGCCAGCGAUCCAGAAGAGGAACGAUGAAAACAUUGUGGACAUCAACAGCGGCAAAGACUACCGACCCUUCAGCUACUUUUUCGACGAGGAAAACUUUCGAAAGGGCAUGGGCGAAUUCUGCCCACAGAUCACGAUCUAUGAUUCUUGGGCACACAUCCCCAAUGUUGACAAUUCCAACAGCUCGAGGGAGCCUGUCAUAGAAAAGAUCAGUACUCGUGCUUUCUCAGAACGUGGCGAUUGUAAUGGCGCCGAGUUGGACAAGCACACAGAUCGUUUCGGAGACAGCUUCAGGGAAUGGGUACGAGACGAAAAAAACGGCAUACCGCCGUCGGUGGACCACCCCCGUCUAUUCCGAAUGCCCGACUACCCCGGGAUUCUUUGGGAGUACCCACGGUGGCACGACGGGCCUGAAUUCUCCAACACGUACGGUGGGCUGCUCAAGUUCAACAAACAAGUGAUGCGACUCGGGAAGAAAGCUCUGGACAAUAUGCGUACGUUCGCUCGAGAACAUGCUCGGACGCGGGAUCCACUGGAGAUCGAGGGAAAGUCACGCGCCAUCGACAACCCUUCGGCCUUUUUCUCGGCGCACCUGCGGACAGAGGCAGACGCAGUCAAGUUCUGGCCGACAUACGAGGAACAAGAGGAGGCUUACCUUGGGAAAGCAGAGGAGCUGGGCCUCUCGGUGGCAUACGUGGCGACGGGCAACCUCAGCGAGGCGCACAAGUUCUCGGCCGCAGCGCACGACAAGCUGGGGAUGGCGGUGGUCAGUAAGGCGGACCUGCUCACCGGCGAGGACGCGGACGAGCUAGCGUCAUUGAGCUGGGACCAGCAGGGACUGAUCGACUAUAUUGUCCUUGUUGGGAGUGAUUACUUCGUCGGUAACAGCAGAAGCAGCUUCUCAAUCCUGACGAUACAAAAGAGGCACCUAAAGGAGGACGGGAUCUACACGCGGCCGUAUAAGAUCCGGCCGGACGGAUAUGGCCGCAGUAUGAUCGUAGGCCCAAAGACGCAGUACUACAAGCAUUGGAUGUUCAUUUGGGAUGCCAUGUGGCCUUGAUGGACUACAUUGGCCAGUUGCAUGAUUUCGCUUUGAUACCAAGCCCUAGCAAUAGCAGCUCCUUUAAUUCAUACCCUUUUACUUACA